CGAUAUAGAAUAAGUGUUUUCAAAGUUGCCGAAAUGCCACGGGCGUCCACUUAUAUCAGUGCAUUUGUAAUAACCUAACUAUUACGAAACUUAUAUUCGAUCAAAUAAUGCUCUUGUAGCAAAUUAGCAAUUCCAUUUUUAUUGACCAAAUUCGAUACUCUCUCAUUGGCCAUAAAAUAAAAUCCUCACUUCGUGGUCUUAUUUUCGUGGACAGAUUUUGGGCGGAGUAACCCCUCUCGCUUUAUCUCUUCAUCUCUAGUUGUACCUGAAGUUUCGAGGACCCUUCUGGAAUUUGGGAUUUUAUGUGGAUUUUAUGUGAAUACUGAGUGGACCCAAUUCAUCUCUUCUAUAUUAUUGAGGGUUUAUCUUUCAUUUAUUAACCAUUUAUUUAGUGAAAUGGCAAACGCGGGGAUACAGCUCCUUGGAUUCGUCUUGUCUUUUUUUGGCUUCAUCGGGUUGAUAGCAUCCACGAUCAUGGCCGAGUGGAAACUGUCAUCCUAUGCUGGGGACAACAUCAUAACGGCGCAAGCCAUGUACGAGGGGCUUUGGAAGUCUUGUGUGUCACAGAGCACUGGUCAAAUCCAGUGUAAAGUGUACGAUUCUCUGCUCCAACUAACGGGGAUGGUGCAGGGCACACGAGGUCUCAUGGUGGGUGCCAUCCUGCUGGCUGGCAUUGCCAUCCUGGUGGCCAUGGUGGGCAUGAAGUGUACCACCUGUCUGGCUGAGGACCAGGAGCAGAAGCGCAAAGUUGCCCUGACUGGAGGAAUCGUCAUCAUUAUCGCAGGUCUGUGUGCUCUGGUGGGGACUUCCUGGUACGGGAACAGAAUAGCAAAGGAAUUCUACGACCCCUUCACUCCUACAAACUCCAGGUAUGAGUUUGGCAAGGCCCUGUUCGUAGGUUGGGGUUCUGCCUGCCUCACCAUCAUAGGUGGAGCCUUCCUUUGUUGCAACUGCUCCAGUAAAGGCUCAGGAAAGUCCUCCCGCUACCCCCCGAACCACUCCGCUGCCCCGGCAGGCAGAGACUACGUCUAGAGCCUGGGGAUAUCCAGAAGACCAGGGUCGUGUUCAUUAGGGUAGAGGUUUCAAAAUGUUGUGCAACGGAAAAAUCGAAAACAAGCCUUUACUUACUGGUCGGGUAGUGCCUUCCCGUUUCACUCCAUUUAAGUCCGUUUUUCUCUGUUUUGUGCUGAACAUGACCCACCUCCAUCCAUCCGCUCUCUAUUCAGGGUACAGCACUGCCUAGGGUCAAAGCUGGGGUUAUUUUUUGUUGAUUUGAUGGUUGGUUUGGUUGAAUUCAUGAUUUCUGGCAUUUUCAUUUCUGGUUGUUUUACUGUGAGACUCUCCACUAGCAAGCAAUAUAUCCAUGGUGCAUACAUACAGUACUCAUACAGUACUCUAUUACUAUUUUCACACUAUCGAUUCAACCCAAACUGCACUGUGCUGGCUCUGAUGUUUUCUUUUUACACUGUUCAUGAUUCCAGCAACUAUGGUGGAUGCGUAACGAGGACAGCACUGUUCAGCUCGGCCCCGCUUAGGUCGGCCCAGUAGUGUGAAAAUAGUAUUUGUGUGUAGUUUGAGAUGUACAGUGCAUUAUAUUUAGACCCCUUGACUUUUUCCAGGUUUUGUUACAUUACAGCCUUAUUCUAAAAUGUAUUAAAUUGUUUCCCCCCCUCAUCAAUUUAUACACAAUACCCCAUAAUGACAAAGCAAAAACAGUUUAUUUUUUAUUUUAGCAAAUGUAUAAAAAAUUGAAAUAUCACAUUUACAUAAGUAUUCAGACCCUUUACUCAGUACUUUGUUGAAGCACCUUUGGCAGCGAUUACAGCCUUGAGUCUUCUUGGGUAUGAUGCUCCAAGCUUGCCACACCUGUAUUUAGGGAGUUUGUCCCAUUCUUCUCUGCAGAUCCUCUCAAGCUCUUUGUGUUAAACGCUCUACAACAAAGCAGUAAGAUAUCUACACAGUAACUAAAUUAGAUCUAUAGUUCUCUCCUGUCUCCCGUUAGCUCCUGCGUUAUAUUUUGAAAAGGGAGUUGUCUCGACUUGAUUUGUGCUGAUAUACCUUGUGCCUGCAGUAACACGCCUCUGAGGGUCUUUAGAACAUUUGAGAGGAAUUUCUAGAAAAUAAUUUAUAUUUAAAAAUCACCAUUGAAUUUUCAAUAGAUAUGAACAUGUAUAUCCCACUCUCAAUUAUGUAUUAUUAUUGACAAUAUUCAUGUUUAUUUAACUGUAUCCAAAUUUAGACUAAAACUAGUGAAAUAAAGAAUUAACAUUCUCAUC